AUGGCAUCCAUAGUUGCUUCUAGGCCAGUGCAGCGGCUUACACCACGCCACAUAUACAAGACAGUACGCGAAAGAGGCUCUUGUUGGCUGAAAACCCACCUGCUAUACGCCGAUCCUCACCUUAUCGUGCUCAACAAGCCUCCGAACGUCGUAUGCCAAGUGCAUCAUAAUUGGAGCCGGACGGAGAUCAAGGACGACCUGAACCCCGUCUUUAGAGAUAUCAAGGCCUGCCUGCCUUCUCGUUGGAAACCAUUACAAGUCCAUCGCCUCGACAAGGGAACAACGGGAUGCCUUCUAGUUGCUUUAAACCCAGCCGCGGCGACCUCUCUAUCUCAGCAAUUCCGACAGAGGACGGUAUACAAGUCGUAUCUGGCUCUUGUUCGAGGCGGCGAGAAGUCGUUUCCUGAAAAGUCUGGCGGCAUCACCGACUCACUCAUAUACGAAGAUGGCCGGGGAAGACUUUGUACCAAUGGUCUCGACCCAGACCAGAAAACGGCGAUCACUGAAUGGGAGCUUCUUGCGUCCUCUCCUGAAGUACCCAUUUCUUUGGUCAAACUGAAGCUGCUGACUGGGAGCAAACAUCAACUGCGGAUACACCUUGCUCUGAGCAUGAAGACGCCAAUCCUCGGGGAUACGUUGUAUUCGGCGUCUCCCGUAGCGGACUCGAUUACAUGCCUGACGGAGGUUCCAGAGGACCGUAUCUUUUUGCACGCGUCCGAAAUAUCACUCUUUUACGUGGCUGAUCUUGAGCAGAGAUACACGCCCAAUGGAAGGCAGUUUCGUCUAGGGGUACGCUCUCCGCUUCCACCUGACUUCCAACGAAUAUGCCUGGACGUUGGCAUUGUCCCGCCCAACGACAUCGACAAGAAAGCUCUUCUUGUCCCCGAAGACAAACUGUCAAGGUAUCCAGAGCUUCAUGAACUGGGACUCUGGGACCAGUCCCUAUAA